AUGGUCCUCGCCGGCCGCGUCCUGUGCGUGAUGAUGGCGUCGGCGUCGGGUCACGUCAUCCUCGAGCGGUUUUACGACCCCAUCUCCGAACCCGAACAGAUGCGGUGGCGCGACAGGCUCCACCGCGCCGAGGCCUCGUCCGGGGCUGGCGCAUCCACGGUGGCGGAAUCGGACUGCGACAAGCUGGCGACCAGAUGCGGCGUGGCACGCCACGGGGAUGAAAACAUGGUGUGGUGCGGAGUUGGAGACCUGCGAUUCUACGCGGUCGGGUCGGGAGAGUACGACGAAUACACGCUCGCGGAGGUUCUCCAGGCGCUGGCGUCGUCGGUAAAGGGCAUAGUCAAGAAGGGGUUCACGGAGGCCCACGCGUUCGAGCACUACGGCAUGAUCUGCUUGGCCCUCGACGAGAUCGUAUGCGACGGCGUCGUGGAAGCCACCACCUGGGACACCAUCCGACGAGCCAUCAAGCUCAAGAUGGCCGACUGA